AUGGCAUCAGCGCAGCCCCAAUCAGCCGGCACUACAGACUCCGUCACCAAGACCGAGGAGCCCAAGCCGGCACCCAAGUUGUCAGACCACGAAUUUAAGAUAUAUAAUCGACUAGCCGUCCGCAUGGAUUUCUUUCAUGAAAACUUUCGCCGCACCUGGAACCUCCUCUGGGCCUACGCCACGACCGGCCAGCGCCCGCAGGGCCUCACCCUGAAGCAGCUCGUGCGCGCCGGCCUCGACUUUGCCGACCACCUGACGAUGCACCACGACAUUGAGGAGCGCCACGUCUUUCCCGAGCUCGCGCGGCGCAUGCCCGAGUUUGACCCCCGCCGCGGCGGCGAGCUCGUGGCGCAGCACAGGACCAUCCAUACGGGGCUCGACGGCUUGCGGGCGUACCUUGAAGGUGUGCGGCGCGGGGACGAGGCGCUCACGGCGGGCGCGCUGCGGGAGAGCAUGGAGGCGUGGGGCGGCGUGCUGUGGGCGCAUCUGGACGAUGAGGUGAGGUCGCUGGGAGGGCAGAAUAUGGCGAGGUACUGGACAAAGGAGGAGGUGAUGAGGAUGCGCUGGUGA